UGGUCCAAGUCUUUAUUAAAGCUCACAUAUGACUUUAUCGAUCGUUCCAUUGCAUCCUCACCUGAACCCCCGCUGUUUGCUGUCCCACGUGUUCAAUUUGUGGAAGCUGGCCUUGCAUUGUGCCACAACCAAGCCAGUAGCAAGCCUAGAGCAAAGACAGGAUCAACAUGGGCUGUCUUUCUCCUUGAAGAGCUCAUUGAGGGCAGUGAUGAUAUGUUUGUCAAAUUCAUCCACAAUAUGAAUGCCAAUCCAUUGCUCAAUGAAUUGGAUUAUGGCUAUGACAUGGCCGAAUUCUUUGUUUUCACGCAGCAUGUCCAGUAUGUCAAGACCGGCAAGCUAGCUUUCAUAUCCGACUAUCAGGGUAUUAUAGUACUACUCACAGAUCCUCAGAUCCUGACUCAUCCAUAUGUCUUUUUCAUUUGUUCAGACUCAAUACUGAUCAAUGCAUGUGAUAUUUUUGGCGAGGGAAAUAUUGAGGCAUCCAUCAGCAAAUUCGAAGACCAGCAUGCCUGCAACGAGUACUGUGAAUGGUUUGGGCAGGAGAUAUUUGUAAAGGAAGUGAAUGACAAUGAAGCAGCUGUGAAUGAUGAUGAAGUAGUUGUAGAAAAUUAG